UCUGGCUGCAACUUCACGUUAUUUACGACCAACGUUUGCCGCGUUUACGUGCUCGUCGCCGGUCCGCGAAAAAACGGGUGGGAAUAUUAAUUAAUUCUCUUUACGUCGUUAAUUAUGGUACAAAUCGGAUCACGUCCCGCGUCCCAACAUCGUGAUCGCGAUCGCACACGUGAAAUUAAUCUCGUCGGUCGCGAAUCUCCUUUGUUCUCCCGAAAAAGCGCGACUCGAGCCGCCGAAAAUUUGGCGCGCAAAUUUACGAGGGAGCGGAUCGCGAGAAUUUUCGGGCAAUUUCGACGCGAGAUUUUCCGCAGUUGUUCGACGUUGUCGGUCGUUUUCUAAGUAGGCGAUCGCGCGUUUCCGAUCGUACUAAUUAGACUCCUACAUAUUGCAUUUAUUGGCGACACCUGAGUGCGUCGUGGGGGAAGUCGCCGUCACAAGUUAGCCUCGAAAAAAACGACGACAGGAAAACGGAGCAUCGGUUUCAUUCGCGCGCAAAUAAUCUCGCGUUCCUCGCAUUUUAUGAGAACGCGUCGAAGAUGGUGAUAAUUACCGGGCGUCGUUGCGAAUCGCGAACGAAAAAAUUAACGCGAGUGCAUGCGAGUGUUUCGAAGCUUCUACGAGAAAAGGAGGAGGUCCGGGGCGACAUCGGGCAACGACGGAGCAAUUAUAUGUUUACCAACUUUGCUGAUGUGCAUCGUAUAUCGACAAUACGAUAACUACAACAAAAUCAACAACUCCACUGCUAUGCAUCAGUCGUGGCGUAACUUCCCUUGGGAGAACGAGGAGAGGAAGAGUCCAGAGGGUGGAAAAGAGAGAGAGAGAGAAGAAGGAAGGGCUGCAGGCAACGACGGUGGUGGCGGCGACGAAGGGCGGGGGAGGCGGCGGGGUGAACCGGAACCGGAAAUGGCUGCGAGGUGGCUGCUGCUGGCGCUCCUCGCCGCCCACGCCGCGGCUCUUCCUGAUUUCAUUAGGAUAGGUGGGCUGUUUCAUCCGUCGGACGACAAGCAGGAAGUGGCCUUUCGCUACGCCGCGGAGAAGAUCAACGCCAACCGGGACAUCCUGCCCAAGUCUCGACUCAGCGCCCAGGUCGAGGUGAUACAACCGCAAGAUAGUUUCCACGCUUCGAAACGAGUGUGCCAUUUGCUACGAAAUGGUGUAGCAGCGAUUUUUGGACCGCAGAGCGCGCACACGGCGUCUCACGUGCAGAGCAUUUGCGACACCAUGGAAAUUCCGCACUUGGAGACACGCUGGGACUACCGGCUUAGACGACAGAGCUGCCUCGUCAACCUCUAUCCUCACCCUACUACUUUGUCUAAGGCGUACGUCGAUCUGGUGAAGGCCUGGGGCUGGAAGAGUUUCACCAUUAUCUACGAGAACAACGAGGGGCUCGUGCGAUUGCAGGAACUUCUGAAAGCGCAUGGACCCAGCGAAUUUCCUAUUACAGUCAGACAGCUGAGCGAGGGAUCGGAGUAUCGACCGUUGCUAAAACAAAUCAAGAAUUCCGCGGAAUCACACAUCGUCCUGGACUGCUCGACCGAGAGAAUCUACGACGUGUUGAAACAGGCGCAGCAGAUCGGAAUGAUGAGCGACUAUCACAGCUACCUUAUCACUUCCCUGGACUUGCAUACCGUCGACUUAGAAGAAUUCAGGCACGGCGGGACCAAUAUCACUGCCUUUCGAUUAGUGGACCCGGAGAAGCCAGAAAUCCAGAAGGUAAUCCAGGACUGGAUCUACGGUGAGAAGCGCUAUAAUCGCGAGCUCGAUAUGGGACAGAACAGCAACAAGAAUAAUCUCACAACUAUAAAGACUGAAACAUCCUUACUGUACGAUGCCGUCCAUCUCUUCGCCAAGGCAUUGCACGAUCUCGACACGUCUCAGCAAAUCGAUAUCAAGCCGUUAUCCUGCGAGUCAACAGACACUUGGCCUCACGGAUAUUCACUUAUUAACUAUAUGAAGAUCGUGGAAAUGACGGGGCUGACAGGUAUUAUCAAGUUCGAUCAUCAGGGUUUUCGCUCUGACUUUGUCCUAGACAUCAUCGAACUGAAUAGCAAAGAGGGAUUGAAGAAAAUCGGUACUUGGAACAGUACCAAGGGUAUCAACUUCACGAGGAGUUACGGCGACGUUUACACUCAAAUCGUUGAAAACUUGCAAAAUAAGACUUUUAUCGUGACGACCAUACUGAGCGCGCCGUACUGCAUGCGGAAGGACACGAGCGAGAAGCUCACCGGAAACGCGCAAUUCGAAGGCUACAGCGUCGACUUGAUUUACGAGAUAUCGCGGCUGCUUGGAUUCAAUUAUACGUUCCGGCUUGUGCCGGACGGACGUUACGGAGGGUACAAUAAGCAGACGAAGGAGUGGGAUGGGAUGAUGAAGGAGCUGCUUGAUCAGAAGGCCGAUCUCGCGAUCGCCGAUCUCACCAUCACGUACGAUCGGGAACAGGCUGUCGACUUCACCACGCCGUUCAUGCCUUUAGGGAUCAGCAUACUUUACCGCAAACCCAUAAAGCAACCGCCGAAUUUGUUCUCGUUCCUCAGCCCUCUUAGCCUCGACGUUUGGAUCUACAUGGCGACGGCUUAUCUCGGGGUCUCCGUGCUCCUCUUUAUACUAGCCAGAUUCACACCGUACGAAUGGUACAACCCGCAUCCGUGCAACAAAAAUCCGGAUCGCCUGGAGAAUCGCUUCAAGCUCCUUAACUGCUUGUGGUUCACCAUUGGCUCCCUAAUGCGGCAGGGUUGUGACAUUCUGCCCAAGUUCAGCCCUUACGAGUGGGAGAACCCCCAUCCGUGCAACGGGCAGUCCGAGGUCCUCGAGAACGAGUUCACCCUACUGAACUCGCUCUGGUUCACCAUAGGCUCGCUCAUGCAGCAAGGCUCCGAUAUAGCGCCGAAGGCCGUGUCGACUCGCAUGGUCGCGGGUAUGUGGUGGUUCUUCACCCUGAUCAUGAUCUCCUCUUAUACGGCUAAUCUCGCGGCUUUCCUCACCGUCGAGAGGAUGGAUUCUCCGAUCGAGAGCGCCGAGGAUCUCGCUAAGCAGACAAAAAUCAAGUACGGCGCCCUCAAAGGCGGUAGCACGGCGUCCUUCUUCAGGGAUUCCAAUUUCUCGACGUACCAACGCAUGUGGUCCUUCAUGGAUUCGGCGAAGCCGACGGUAUUUACGUCGAGCAACCUCGAGGGCGUGGAUCGAGUAACCAAGGGGAAAGGCAGUUACGCAUUCCUCAUGGAAUCCACAUCUAUCGAAUACGUAAUCGAGAGGACCUGCGACCUUACUCAAGUCGGCGGUCUCUUAGACUCGAAAGGAUACGGCAUAGCCAUGCCGCCAAACUCGCCAUACAGAACGGCCAUAAACGGGGCCAUCCUGAAGCUCCAGGAGGAAGGGAAGCUUCACGUGCUGAAAACGCGCUGGUGGAAGGAGAAACGGGGUGGCGGAUCCUGCAGGGACGACACCUCGAAGAGCAGCUCGGCGGCGAACGAGCUCGGCUUGGCGAACGUCGGCGGCGUCUUCGUGGUGCUGAUGGGCGGCAUGGGCGUCGCCUGCGUGAUCGCGGUCUGCGAGUUCGUGUGGAAGAGCCGGAAAGUGGCGAUCGAGGAGCGGAAGCAGAAAUCCUCGGGGAAACCGAUCUGCGAAGGUUUUACUGAUCUGCACUAGCGACGGUACGCGCUGCGCUGCGAAAAAGAUUCUUAAACUCAAGCCGUACCUCAAAGCGUAUCCGAUCCGAGUUCAGUGGACCUAAGGAAGAACUCCAUCACGAGUGAUCGGAAAACUGUGUAAAGAUCGUAAAAUUAUAGGGACAAACUAAAUAAUCGGACAGAAGAAGCAACGAGUCUUGGCAUUUCCAAUUUCCCUCCCGAAAUCCUGUCAAAUAAUCUAAUUCGACAAAAUUAUGCAAGACAUAUGUUAAUUAAAAGAAAUAAAUAAAAGAAUAUAAAGUUUCAAUAUUUUGACGAACAGAUGAAUUGGUUCUAUCAAAAUUAUACGAUAUAUAUUAAAUUCUUGUUCAUAAUAUUAUUAAAAUUCGAUUAACGCCAAUUUUUCAAUAGAAAAAUCUAUGAUUAUUCCAACACGUAUAAUAUAAAUAAUCUGAGGCGAAAAGUGACAUAAAAGAAAGAUUGGAAAUGUCAACGUGUUUGCCAUUUGCUCAUAUCAAAACUUAGAUUAACAAACAAAGACUUUCAAGCCUCGCAAUAGGAAAGGCCAGAUCCUCCCUCGCGAAGUCGUAAAUGUCUCAAAAAACGGCGUCAAAAAAUACUAGAAAAAUAAAAAAAUCCGUGGUAUUCACAACCGAAUUUAUAGUGCUGCGGUAACAGACAAACUUUUAAGAACAAUCACGAUUUUAUACCGGCUAGAUAGUGAAUGUAUAGCGUGUGCCAGAUUACAAGACGUUUUACUGUACAUAAUACGUAGCUAACGAGCUAACCAUUGCGUUCGUAAGUGUGCGCGGAGUCCGUUCGCUUCUCGAGAUAAAAAUACGCGAUAAUCGAAGGAGCAAGUGUGGAUACAGAAAAGAUAUAUAUCUUGUCAAAAUUUAUUCCUCUUAACAAUUAAUUAUUUUUUCCCAAGAUUUUUUGCAAAAAGAAAAAAAAAUAGAGAUUAUUAGCAAGAAUAAACACAUAUUUUUAAUCAAUCAUUUUUGCUUAAAAUUAAUUGAAAACGUGAAAUUUGUAAAUUCGAUUAAGUCAUUCUUGAAGUUUGAUAUGUCCGGAACUCUUCAAUAAAUAAUAUUUCCAUUAAAAUAGAACUUCACCAAGAAAAUGUUGAUUUUGAAUUAAAGAACGCACGAUUAUCGAUUCUCAUCUCUUUACGUACACACUUUCUAUAUUCGAUUCAUUUAAAAAUUGUGGCAUGAAUAAAAUUGAUCUAUCUGAACGUAUUAUAUCAAGUAAAUAUUAAAUUGCGUAAAAUAUUACUAUAUCAUCUUUAUCCACCAUGCAUCUUUCUUCUUAAUGUAAAGUACUUCCGAUCCAUGUGUAGAAGCACGCGGACUCCAAAAUUUCGUUAUCGAAUAGACGAAUUUCUGUGUCAUGGCGAAGUAACUUUUAUGAAAAUUGCAAUUUCAAAAAUGUUGCAUUAUUUGUAGCCAUAAGUAAAGUUGAAAGGCCAAGACGCGUUAUGUGACAGUUUAGUAUGACAUUGUUAGUUGUGUCGCAAUGUUUCUUGCUUCUCUCCCGUCACGGAUUCACAGGAGGUGAGCUCAUUUAUUUUUAUAUAUAUUUUAUUAUCAGUUACAUAAAUCCUCAUAGCUUAAAGAAUUCAAUCAAAAUUAAUAUCUUUUAAUAUUUUUAACAUUAACAAAUAUUGAUGAUUAAAAAACAGCACAUUUUUAAAAAUUCUAUAUUUAUAU